CAUUCUCAAGAUGAACUCAAAGGUUCUGUUCCUCCUGGCGCUGGUAUCAGCUGCGGCAGCUGAUAAGCAGCCAAGUAAACUCUACGGGCCUCCUGAGGUACAACAACCAUCUUCCGAAUACUCCUCCGAGGAGUCCACCGAACCUGCUAACUACAACUUCGAGUUCGCCGUGGAGGAUGGCUACUCAGGCGCCGACUUCAACCACCAGGAGGAACGUGAGGAGGACAACACACAAGGGUCCUACAGCGUCCAACUCCCCGAUGGACGUCGCCAGACAGUCACGUAUUACGUCGACGGAGACUCCGGCUACAUAGCUGAGGUCUCCUACGAGGGAGAAGCCCAGUACGCAGAACCCGAGGAGGAGUCUGACGAAUCGUCUGAGCCAGCUCCCAUCUACGAAGCUCCAGAACCCAAAGCUAGGCCUACUUAUUCUAGACCUACUUACGCUCCUCGGAAACCAUCCAAAACUCCCAAACCAAGGCCUACUUACCAAGCUGCUUCAGAGGAUUCGGAGGAGGAAGAAAAGGAGACCCCAAACGCCGUAUAUGGCCCACCCAGCAGGUCCUACGGCGCCCCUCAGUAAACCCACUUCUUGCUAGAGUGAUGUUAACUGUAAGGAAGGCAAACGCUGAUUUAAUUUAUGCAAAGUAUUUAAUCGUAUUUCCAGAAGACGUUUUACAGGAACUUUUUAGAUUUCCCCUAGUGUAAAUUCUGACUUAAUUU